GUCCUUUCCAUGGAUAUAGGGAUCGAAAAGAAGCGUCGCCAUCCCAAGCCAUUAGUGUACAAACCUAUCUAUUCUACAACCGUGUAUAAGAGAUAUGUUGCAUCGAAGACUGCAAACUAUAAACAACAUUAAAAACGAUUUGGAUAAAAACUUCCUUUUUCCUAGAGAAAUCAGGAAAAAAAGUUCAAUCAUGAUGAGAGAUUUUGUGAAAAAUGAUGACUUAAGAAACAUUUCAGAUAAACAUAUACAAAGCACCGUAGAAUCAGUUUUACAGGAUUGUCUGCGUGACACUGAAAAUUUAGGAAUGAAAGUGAUAGAUUUCAACUAUGUAUUUUUGCCUCCGUGUAAAGACAGUGAAUGCAAUGACGAAGUUGAAGAUGAAAUGUUUAGUGAAGAACAGUGCGAUCACAUUGAAAAUUACAACAAUUCUCAAAUAGCCAUGAAACGUAACUGUUUUCAAAGUUUCGAAAACGAUCCAGUUGACCAAGAUGAAGAUUUACUCAAUGAUCUUUGCACAAUUUCGUACGAAUGUAAGAAAUUUGACAGAGACAUACAUCUUAGAAGCUUUGAUAGUGACGAUAUUUUUGUUGAGAAAGGUUAUCUAGUCAGAAUACGCUUAGAUAAUACAACAAAUUUUAUAAAAAAGUCUUCACUUUGCUGGUUGUUAGACAAUGAAAAGGAUCACGUCAGUGUGGAUCGUCUCAAAAGAUUUAUUCAAAAAAAGAAAUGUAAUAGUAGUAGAGUUAACUCAGAAACAGAUACCUGCCUUCAACAUAAAGAUGCAUCUCAAAUUCAAAAACCAGUCCAAAUUGGAAAACAAAAAAGACGCUAUAAUAUAUCAAGUGACUCAUCUGAUUUAGACAACCCAAGUAGUAUCGAAUAUGAUGACAGCACGGACACCGAAAGUUUGAAUUCUUCCAAUUAUUCUGAUGAUUUGAUUCCUCGUUUGAAUCUCAAGGCUGAAAAUAGUAAGACUGAUCGUUCUAAACCAGACUUUAAUAUAGACGAUUAUAUUAUAGUACAAUUAACAACUCAAAAACAAAACAAAAAUGUUACAUUGGUAAAGUGUUAUCACUUAACCCUAUUUUUUGUGAUUUUUUGAAAAGGAAUCCAAACAUUCCGGAAGCUUUUAUGUUUCCGGACAUUAAAGAUCAGAGGGAGAUCCAAGAAAAUGAAUAUAUAAUUAAACUGCCUCCACCUCAGGUACUCAGAAGAGGCAGUUUAGUUUUUGAAAAAAAACUAUUGAAAAAAUAUUUGUUUUCAUUACAGUUUUUUUUAAGUGAUGUGAUUAAAAUUUGUGAUAAUGUAACCUCAACCUGGGUCGAGAUUUGUACAAGUAUAUAUCGUAGAGAAUACUAAAGUAAGAAACUGUGCAAAAUUCUAGGUGCCCAUGUAGGGGAAAAUUACCUCUGACAAUCCAACUCGAAAAUUCUUAACCAAUAAAAUGGCAGAAUUGUUUGAAAUUUGUCCAAUGGCAUUCACCGAAAAAUUUUUUCAGUGAAAAAACAUUCUUCUGUCAGGCAACAACACUGUUUUUCAGCGAAAAA